UUUCCUAUUGCUACUUAGGAGUGUGCGUGAGUGGUUUUUGCCUAUUGCUACUUAGCAUUAUUUUUGCCUAUUGCUUUGGAUAGAUACUGGGUAUUAUAUAUUGGAUAUAUAUUGGAUUGGAGGGGUUUAUUUAUUGCUGGUUAUGUUCUUUGAUUGGUACCAUACGGAUUGUUCUUGAUUUUUCUUUCCCUCCCCCUGUAUCUUUCUUGCAACUGGUUUAUUCUUGUUACUGAUCUUGUAUUUUUCUAUUUUCUUUUAUUCUUUCUCCUCUUGUAUACUUACUUGUGAAGGAAUUUGUAAUAGAUGGCAAGUAACGCUGAUAAUGUUGACUCCAAGUUAUGGCCUAAAUUAGUUGUUAAGGAAUUCAUAGAUAUUAUGGUUGAUGAAGUGACAAAUGGAAAUAUGCCAAAUGGUGUAUUUAAUACUAGAACGUGGACUUCCAUGACCACUAAGUUAAAUUUCAAAGCAAAGAGUUCUUAUAAAAAAGAACAACUGAAGGCAAAGAUGCAUAGGUUGCGAGCUUUGUAUCGCGAAUUCUCUGCACUUGUGAAUCACACUGGAUUUGGGUGGGAUCCUGAAACCAACACUGUCACCGCAAGUGAGGAAGUUUGGAAAGAUUAUAUUCGGGUGCAUGAUAAAGCUGCUCAGUUUCAAAGGAGAGGUCUUGACCAUUAUAACUUACUGGGAAUUAUAUUUAACAAAAAUACUGCAACGGGAGUUCUUCACCAUUCAUCUACCCAAGACCCACCCAACACAGAUGAAGAAAUUGAGCUUGAAAAUCAAUACCGCAACAAUGGGGUUCAUGUUAACCUUGAUAAUGAUAGUUCUAAUGAUGAUGUUCAAGAAUUGGAGCGCAUUACUCGUAGUGGAAAGCGCCAAAUUCAAGAGAAAGAGGGAAAAUCUAAGAAAAGUACUAGAACAAUGCAAAUGGGAGAUGCACUAGCAGCAUGGGCUGAUGCAUCCAAGGCAAGGGCUGAAAGGUAUAGGGGUCAUAGUAUGGAGGCCAUUUCGUCCAUUGUAACGCCUGAUUAUUCAAUUACUAAGUGUGUGACUGCACUUGAAGGAAUUGAAGGCAUCUCAGUGGAUACCUAUAUGAAAGCUUGUGAAAAGUUUAAGGAGGCUGAAUAUAGAGAGAUGUUUCUUGCUAUGUCCGCUGAAAUGAGACAUGCAUGGCUUCAUAGACUUUAGGGGUGGAACUUUAAUUUGCUUAUCUUGUGUUUGUUAGGAGAUAUACUCCUUAAGUACUUUAUUUAAUGUCUUUGUGUUGAAUUUGAAUGCGCUGGAUAUUUUCUUAUUUUUAUGUUAUUGAGUGUGUUGGAUAUUUUACUAUGGUUGUAAUGUGAUGGAUUUUUAAUUAUAUAUGAUUAUUAAAUGUGCUGGAUGUUUUGUUAUGAUUUAGUUAUUGAGAUUUUGUUAUAUAAAUUAAAUGGCAGGUUAUUUCCAUUAUGGAUAUUGAUGGAGAUUCUUCAGGUUCAAGUGAUGAUGAAAUGGCAGAGAUGCUAA